CGUUACAGCUGCAAAAAGAUCAGUCGGAAUACAAAUCUCUGCAAUCGAUAAAGUUUUAAAAAGUACACAUUUUUUUUUAAAUCUACCUUAAUAUUAUUAUUCCAAAUUAAAGUGCAAUAAAAAACUAGAAAUAAUGUCGGUUGUGCCAAUUAUGAACGAUUUUGCUCGUGAAAUGGAAAUUUUCAACAAAUCGCUAUUUUUCGAUGAUUUUGGACUUGAUCUUUUUCCUCACGAUAUGUUCCACAAAAUGAGAAUACUGCCUUGGAGUUUCUUUCAUCCUCAAUUUCUAUCGUUUCCGUUCCAACAUUUUCAUCAAAUUGCUCAUCUUCAAGAUGAAAAAGAAAAACUGACUAUCGACAAGGAUGGUUUCCAACUUACGUUUGAUACUAAAGAUUUCAAGCCAAGUGAACUCACCGUUAAGACAGUCAAUAAUUUUGUUAUUGUGGAAGGCAAACACGAGGAGCGUAAAGAUGACCAAAAUUUCACCAAAAAGCACUUCUCACGUACGUAUCUGUUACCAAGUGGCUACAAUGCAGAAGAGGUGGAUUCAAGUAUUUCUUCUGAUGGAGUAUUGUGUGUGAAGAUACCGCCACCACAUAAGGCUAUCGAAUCCAAGGAAAGAAUAAUUAACAUCAAACAAACUGGAACUAAUUAUGUAGGACCCAAGCCGGACACCAAAAGACUUUACUAAAUUACCAAUCAUGUUCCAUUAUUUAUUAAAUGAAUCUUUAUGUUUAAAAAUAAAUUCUGAUUGUACUUAUAGAAUCUAA